CAGUCUAUACGUAUACACAAGACUCCUCUUGUUAGUCAUGCUUUCCGACCAUUGGCAUUAAUUGCUGCUCCUAAUUUUGCUCGAAUGGCUUCCUCUGCUGUAGCCCCUGCAUCUCAAAAAAACACCCAUUCUCCAAAGAAGCCUAUAUUUUGGCGUCUGGUUCGACUAUCUAUUGCCGGGGUUGUUGUUGUUGGUACUGGCUCGUUUGCUUACGAGCUUUAUGUUGCUCGACACCCGUCCGCUCAAUUCGACUGGGAUCCAUCUAAAAAAACUGUUGCCAUUCUUGGCUCGGGUUGGGCUGCUACUUCUUUCUUGACAGAUCUAGACACUGAUCAUUACAAUGUAGUAAUUGUUAGUCCACGCAACUACUUUCUCUUUACACCGUUGCUUCCCAGCUGCACUGUUGGAACCGUCGAGCUGCGUAGUAUUAUGCAGCCCAUUCGAUACUUGACCCGAUUCAAAAAGCGUCAAGUCGUAUUCAUCGAAGGAGAUUGCAACUCCAUCGAUCCAACAACAAAAACUCUUUCAGUUUCAGAUAAUUCUGAAAUUGUUGGGGUGGUGUCCAAACAAACUAUUCCAUACGAUUAUUUGGUGGUUGCUUGUGGUGCUGAAAAUGCUACAUUUGGAAUUCCUGGAGUCCGUGAACAUGCUUGUUUUUUGAAAGAAGCUUGGGAUGCAAAAAAGAUUCGCACACGACUGAUGGACUGUCUUGAAACAGCUGCAUUUCCAGGUCAAACUGACGAAGAAAUUCGUCGUCUUCUCCACAUGGUUGUAGUGGGUGGUGGUCCUACUGGAGUAGAAUACGCGGCUGAGCUUUAUGACUUUCUUCAUGAAGACUUGCUAACAUGGUAUCCCGAUCUGGCAGGAAAAUUCAAGAUUACCCUUGUAGAAGCAUCUCCACAUGUCCUGCCCAUGUUCUCUAAACAGCUUAUUGAAUAUACAGAGCAUCACUUUGCUGCAAACAAAGUAACAAUCUUGAAUAAUACGUCAGUAAAACAGGUUAAUCAACGAGAUAUUCAGGUCAUGGAUGCAGAAAAAAAUUUGAAUACUAUUCCAUAUGGACUGAUUGUAUGGGCUACAGGAAAUACAGCUCGACCUAUUGUGCAAGAUUUAAUUAAAAAAUUGCCAAGCGAUGUUCAAAACCAACGUCGUGGACUUGUUGUAGAUGAUUUCUUGGCCAUCAAAGGUGCGACAGACAUGUUUGGGUUAGGCGAUGCUACUGCUACAAAAUGGGCACCAACUGCACAAGUUGCAAGCCGGCAGGGAAGAUACUUGGCAAACAUGUUCAACCACAUGGGCGAACUAGAUACAGCAAAAACCAAUCCAAAAGAAUCUUCACUUGCACUGACAAAUGCAACUGAUCCAGCUUAUAAAACUCCUAAUACAUCGGCCACGACUACACUUCAUCAAGCUUUGAUGGCAUGCGGCCCCUUUCAAUAUGAUCAUUUAGGCUCAUUGGCAUAUAUUGGAAAGGAUCACGCUAUUGCCGAAUUUCCGUUUGGUGUAACGGUUGGCGGAGCAGCUACAUACUUUUUCUGGCGAAGUGCCUACUUGAGCACAUUAUUUUCUCUACGUAACCGUGUAUUGGUUGCGUUUGAUUGGGCGAAAAAAAAGUGUUUUGGACGAGAUAUCUCGAGAGAAUAAAAGAUGCUUUUUUUGUAUUGAAGAAAUACGUUGAAAGAAUGCACUG